AUGCUGUUGGAAAUUCUGCAUCACGGGUCGACCUCAAGCAAGUCGCGCCUCUCACACCAGUAUCAAGUUUAUCCCCCCGGGCCCCACACAGAGAUGGAAGCUAAAACAUCUACCAUUUCCAACCAACACAGACCAGAACCUCCUUACAGCAUAUAUACGAAAAAGGAGAAGUGGGUCAUUGUAAUGUUGACGGCGUUUUCGGGGCUUUUUAGUCCUUUAACGGCCAGUAUAUACUUUCCAGCGAUUCCAGCUAUCUCAAAGGCAUUUCGCAAAUCUAUAGAACUCAUCAACCUCACUGUCACGAUGUACAUGAUUUUACAAGGCGUAGCGCCUAUGGUCUGGGGUACGAUAUCGGAUCGUCGGGGAAGAAGGCCGAUUACCGCCAUUUGCUUACUGAUCCUCUCUUUGUCGUGUGUUGGAUUGGCUCUCACGCCGACGUCGGAUUAUUGGUUAUUGAUGGUCCUUCGGUGUUUACAAGCGGCAGGGUCAGCUAGCACAAUUGCCAUAGGUGCAGGCGUCAUUGGGGAUAUUUCAACUCGAGAAGAACGUGGAGGGUUUUUCGGAUUCUUUACGCUUGGUCCAAUGGUUGGACCAUCCAUCGGACCUGUGAUAGGUGGCGUGCUCUCAGAUAAGCUGGGCUGGAGAUUCGCCUUCUCAAUGACAUCCCGUGUUCAAUGGGCCUUUGACUCUAGGUUCUUACCAGAGACGUUACGUGCUCUCGUUGGUAACGGUAGCGUUGUGCCCUCGCCCGUUCAUCGACCAGUUUUUCAGAUCAUUGGACAUGGAAGGCGUAACGAUGCGUCCAGUAUCAUGCUCCAGCCGGUCCCGCAGAAUCCAUUCAGGCUAUUUCUCAACGUCGAUGUUUUAAUUUUGCUUGCAAUCAACGCCAUCAUCUGUAGCGUAUACUAUGGUGUUAUUGCGACAAUGUCAACCCUUCUUGGGUCUGCAUACCCGUUCCUCAACGAAACGACGAUCGGGUUGUGCUUUCUUGCAGCUGGCGGCGGAAUGAUACUCGGCAGCAGCAUUUCAGGACGCGUUUUGGAUCGAGAAUACCGAGCUUUUAAAGCCCAAGAAGAAUUUCAAAUGGCUACAAAUAUUUUCGGAAUUCAGGUCGAAUCGAGCAAUGCUAAGGAUGAUAGUUUUCCCAUCGAGAAGGUAAACACAAGUAUCUUCAAGCCAGAACGUCGAUUCCUGAUUGGAACACCAGGCGCGACUGAGGUUACUGCCAUACCAUAUUGUUUUGUUGGCCGCCGCAUGUGCGGCAUAUGGGUGGUGCCUCCAAAAACGGGUCAAUAUCGCCGGCCCAUUGAUUCUACAAAUUAUCGUGCCCUGCUAGUCGGUUAUGCUUCAAUUGCCAUUAUGAACGCAACUUCGACAUUGAUGAUUGAUUUGGCACCUAGCCAAAGUUCCUCAAUCACUGCUUGUAAUAACCUCGUGCGAUGCACCUUGAGCGCCGUUUUGGUUUCCGUGAUCCAACUCAUUUUGGAUGGGAUUGGGAUUGGCUGGACCUACGUACUUUUAUGCGGAGUAACCUUGAUUUCAGUGCCUCUUAUCUUCCUAUCCAUAAAGCUUGGUCCCGCUUGUCGUGCUCGCAGGCGAAGCGCUGGUCAAUAA